AUGCCUCGCCCCUCGGCAUCGGCAAAGCGACAGCAGGGUGCCGCCAACCAGCGCGACACGAGACACGAAGCCGGCUCCGUCGGCCCCGGGAGGCGCAUCUCCAAGCAGAAGAGCCAGGGCCAGCUACCCCCGUCCGUCGACGCGUCCGCCGCUCGAACGCCCGACGCCGGCCUGCCUACUGUCGCGAACAACGCCAGCCCGGCUGCCAACCAUGGCUCCUCGACCCCCGUGCCCCCCGUCCCCGCCACGCCGCCGCGCCAGCUCAACGGCUACUCCAAGCAGCCCGCCGACAUGGCCUCGGACUCUCCCCGGCGGCCCUCUGUAGGCACCUACUCUGAGUCUGACGAGUCCGAGUCCUUCGCUGCCACCGCCGGCCUGGGCUCGCCCGAGGAGUCCCAUCGCCGCAUCGAUGUCAAUGCCACCAAGAACUCCAACGUCCACCGCGACCCCGGCCCCUUGGAUUUUGCCCUGACUGUUCUGCGCUCGUGCCCCUUGCAGGACACUAUUGCCAUCCUCAUCAUCCUGAUGCAGAUCCCCCCCAUUGCCCUGUCGGGCAUCUACAUGCUGUUCACCCUCUUGACCUUUGUGACCACCAACAACGGUCUGACCCUGAGCGACGUCUUCGAGUGGAAUCUCGGUGCCCCCUCUGUGGCCACCGUCGUCUGCGUCGAUGGUAUCGUGCUGCUGAUCUGGCUGUUCCUAUGGGGCCCCAUACAACAUGUCAUACUGGAUCUGGCUCAGAUGGUCAUUGCUCUAGGCCUGGGCGGCGGCUCGAGCUCGAGAGAUGGAGGCUCCAUGAAGAAUAGCCUGAUCUGCCUCAGCAUGAUCCUGCUCUCCCACGUCCUGCGUCACACCAAGAUGAAGUACUCGCCCGUAGGCUACCUGCUCGGGUCCAGCCGCUUCAUGACCCCCGAUCUAGACGACCCGCUCGAGUCGCUCGAGUCCAUACGGGGAUAUGACAAGGUCAGAUCGGGCUGGGUGAAUUGGGUCCGUAGCGUGCUGGCAAUUCACAUUCUCACGCAGGGCUUGGUCAAGUACAUACGAGACUGGUAUCUACGGAGGGAGCGGCGUGAUAAUCUCGCCCAGACGGUAGAUCCAGAGGCCGGCAAGCCUUAUGCCGGUGAUCUGUCUACCGACGGCGGCUUUUCGACCCCCGAUAGCGACGCAGCCUCCCUCCAACCCCAGGCCGCGUGUAAUACGAAAAAGAAGAGAAAACAGAGUGCCCAGAUUCGAAACCGGCAGCCCCUAUGGGCUGCCAUAGCCAGCACCAAGAUUGUUGUGGUCAAGGAGUACGAACUGACCCACAGCACUGUUGAUUCCGCUGGAUCCAAUGCCACCGAUAUCCACAACCUGGGGAACGCCCCUUUCAACACCGAGCCCGAGCAGAUCUGGGUCUCCUAUGUCGGUUGCGAUGAGGUUUGUUUCAAUACCAGUCACUUCCCGCACCACGUGCCCUCGCACGACGCUCAGGAGAACGAGUCAUCGUCGGCCAAGGACCACCUUAGCAAGCCCUUCUACGUGCGUGUCAACAAUGCCGUUUGGCAACCGACGCGCAUUACUGCUGUACGCGACCCCAGCCGGGAGGGCCCCCAAGCCGUCACGUGGAGCGGAGAUAUCUACGGCUUGACCCCUCUGUCCAACUACGAGUGCGAAUUCGUUAGCACUGCCACCCACGAGGUCCUAUAUUCCACAAGUGUCAGGACCACGCGGGCCAAGACUGCAGACAUUGAUGCCGCUACUGCUAAGCCCAAUGGCCAAAAUUCUCUGCGACCGGACUCCCCGACGACAACUCUCAAGACGUCCAUUGCUGCAUCUGAGGUCAAGCUGGCUGAGGAGAAGUCGCGCCAGAAGGCUCUCCGGAAGGAAUGGCACCGCAAAGCAAAUGCCCUCAAGAAGGAGAAUGAGAAGCUCUCGGCCGCUGUCCAGUCGGCUGGCGCUGGUGAUGAUAAGCUGCGCCAGAAGGUGCAACAGAAUUCAACCCAGCAGAAGCAGGCCGAACAGGCUAUGGCGAGUUUGGAAACCGAGUUGAAGGAGUUUGAAGCCAUCCCAGAGUCUCUGCGGUCAGCAUGGAAGACCAAGCAGUCCGAGUACAGCAGCGAGAAAUGCAAAUACGACCAGGCCCUGUCAGAGUUCAAAAGCUUUAAGGCCACCGUCGACGGCCAGGUCAAGUCACUGAUGGAUGAGAAAGCCAGUCUAGAAGCCAAACGCAACAAGAUCAGCAGCCGUAUUGCCAAGGUCGAUGGGGAGCAUGCCCGCAUUGCUGAUGCCAACGCCCGUGGACUUGAUGAGGCCGAGCGACGCCGCCAGGACCGCGCAACCUUUGAGGCUGGUGCCGCCAGUGCCGAGCGCGCCUUGUUAACCACCAUCAACGAACUCGAGGCCCAGUAUAUGCAGCGAGAUGAGGUCAUGUCGGCGAUGAAGGCCCAGCUCGAUGCUUUCCACAGUCAGCAGCAGUCUGCCUUCUACAACGGUUCUUACGACUACGCCGAUCCCGCCGUGAUGGGUCACCUGGCACCCGCCUCGGGCACCACUGGUGCCGGCUCGACAAACCCUGCGCCAUAUGACGCUGCUGCUGCGUGGAGCAAUAGUGCCUACAACGCCUCGCUCUGGGGUCCAUCCCCCUUGGCACCUGGUUUUGUACCUCAGUCCUCCGUGUUCUCGCAGAACCCAUCUGCCGCCAAGAGGGGCCGGUCCUCAUCGAUGCUGAGCGACGUGUCCGGCUUCACCCAGUCCAGCGCCAACGACGACGAGUUCUCUUCCAUCGUGAAGCCUGCUUCGGCCCGCCUGAUCGGCUCUGGCCCGUUCCGCCCUCCUCCUGGGUUUGGAUUCCCGCCUUACCAGGGAGAUGCGGACGCCAUAAGCGAUGAGAGCUCAAGUGCAAGCGGGAGCCCAAGCGGUAGUGCAGGCAGCACGGGUAGUGAUAGCGUCAGAGAUCCGAUGAGUCCGCCGCCCAGUUGA